AUGGAGGUCUAAUAUUUUUGUUCAUUUUCUCGUCGCGAGCUCAACAUUUGGUGCAAGCCAAGUAAAAAUCGAAAUCGCAGAAUAGAAUUAUAGUUCUGGCUGAUGAAGGUGUUGUUAUAUAUAUAAAAGAUGCCUACGUAAUUGUUACAACCGGACAAUGGUGGUGUACCAUCGGCAACAUGUAGAAGCUCAACUCGGUGUGCGGCAUUUCGUCCGAGCCGCCUUGUUUGGACUGUCGCUUGCUGACGAAUACUUCUCCCGGAGAGCUUGGGCGGCGUAUGAUGGGGUCACGCCGGUAAGUGACCGUGACAAGUCAAGCAAACAAUUGUCGUGCUGCGAAGACCAGCGAAAAAUUGGUGCUCAUUUCCCGUUUAAGAUAAUAGAUCGGAAAACUGCCGCUAGCUAUACCUGUAGUUGGACGUCGCAGCAAACAAAAAAUAACGAUAGUACGCUGACGCUGCCCUCCACCUCCGCCAUCACGGCUUCGUUCGAACACAAAAAUUACGGCUUUCAUCCGCGAGCUGCCAAAGAUGAUAUUACGGCUAAAGAUUCGCUGCCUCAUCCAUGGAGCCGAAGUCCAUUGCUGACAGAGAUACUCUCAUGGGACCGCGAGACACGCACGAGCUAUUUGAGCGAACUAAUGCCUCGACUCGUACAACUCAGUGACACUCCGACCGUGGGGGACGUAGCAAAGGCAGAGACAGCGACCGUAAAAGUAAGGCCACCUCUUUUUUUCAUCGGUUUCAUUUUUUGGAGCAAGACGAUGUCGGUGCUUCGUUGUGACACCUGUCUCGCUGUACAUUUAUAUAGUAAAAGUACCUUCUUCUACUUCACAAUAAUGAUUUAGUCAACCGAUCCAUCGUCUUCCUCCAAGACAAGCGGUGCGAGCGCAACUCUGGCGGUCACAAGGACACAAGAAGUGGCAUGUCGAUCUAGAAGGAAGAAAAAUCCACGCGAGCACUACCAGGGCAGAAAUUUUGCGCCGUUUGCGUCUCGACAGCGACCCUGAAAAGGUGAGUGCCGCCUUGCACUGUGCUAAGGUCAAGCAACUUGGAAAGCUACACUUAAUGCUUGGCCUGGGAGGUGAUGCCUUGCAUGGUCACACCCGAUUUCAAUACGUAGUUCUGCAACAAGAAAAAAAGGAAAAGGAGGAUGCAAGAAAUGCAGAGCCAAAAAGAAAUCGAGCUCUGAAUGUCGAGGCAGAACUGUCAGAAGAUUCGGAGGGGAUAGGCGAGGAGACUCCGUGGCAGCUUCCGUUUUUUAUUGAUGAUGCAACGUACGAACUAAGGUUUCGCUGCGUCCCUGCUAGCACCAAGAUGAAGAAGAUCAUAAAUGCCAGAUCAUAUGACGUGACCUUCGUAACAAGUAGUUCGCUUCUAUAUCCAAUAUCCUCCUUGACUAGAACUUCUACAAGAACUAACAGAUGA